UCAAACUUCAUUGACGAUCUACAAAACAUCCUGUGGAUAACGCGAAUAUGUGGAAAGAAUAUCAAGAAACUUCCAAUGAGCAAAACUCGACUCCAGUAAAAGCUAACAACUCUAGUUUGUUUCAAAUGCCCCAGUCAGACGUGGAAAUGCGAUUUUGUCUACAUUGUAAUUUUCAAGCUGACGAUUGGCCUACAUUUUCAAAGCAUGUGUUUAAACAAAGCCACUUAAAGAACAUAGCCAAGGCUUACAAUAUUCACUUAUCUGCCGAACCAGUUUCAAAUACUUUUUUCUGUGAUGUGUGUGUGGCUCAAUGUACUAACCAAAAAAACUGGGUGUCUCAUUUACUUGGAACCAGACAUAGAAAGACUUUAGAAAUGAUUGGUGAGUCAAAAGCUGAAGAGAAAAUUGGACAUGAUACAGGACCAAUAAAAAAUUCUCGAUUAGGAAUGAGCCAUAAACAGAAGCCUUAUAGCAGACCUCAGAAAAAUCAAACCAAACAUGUCGUACGUCCACUCUCAGCUGAUGAAUUCAACAACUAUCCUGAGCCACUUAUAGGCCUAGAAUUCUUGACGGAAAUCCAGGAAGCUGGACAGGUCGUUCGUUUCGAAUGUUCUAUUUGCAAACUGAAAUUUGCUAGUAAUACGAUAUUUGCACAUCUGGUUGGACAAAAACAUCGUACGAACGUACUGAAGCUGAAGCGACCAGGCUCAGUCAAAGGAGUUGCCAACUUAAAGCGUUCUGAGAUUACUCUUCUUUUGCUUCGGGAAUCUACAAAACUUGAGAACGAAGAAGGAAGGCAACAAAUUGGAGUGAAGGUUUUGUCUUCGAAUAUCAACAUUCAAAAAUCUCAGCAGAAUUUUCCAUUGGGUCGUGGGUCGCCUGGCGCUCGUGGUAAUACUCAGUACAGAGAUAGAGGGCGUGCUGUUAACCAAGUCAGAAAUGAAAGCCUUGGUGUUAAUCUAGAAAAAGCUUACCCCAGAGGUGAUGUAUACACUGCAUCAACUGAAUCUUUGACCCGUGAAGAAUUUACUACAUGUAAUAUAUUACAACCUUACCAUAAUACAUCGCAUACGUAUUCGCAACCUUCUCACGAGCCAUACAACCACCAUUACUCCGAAACUUACGUGAAAGAUUGGCAUUCUGAUUACUCAAAUUCUAUGGUGGAUCCUCAUAACAGCUAUGUACAUAGUCAGAAGCACCUUCCUAGAGCUCAAUCUUAUUUGCAAGUAUCCCAUGCUCAUUAUAGAGAAGCGCCAGUUCAAAAGCCUGACAAUACAAAAAAGGGAGGAAUCUCAUCACAUCUCGUGUCGGCACUUGGUGAUUUGACAAAACUUGUUCAAAACGAAGAAGACGCUUCGGUUGCACUCCAUAUUUCAAAUGCAUUGACUCAAGCUUUGCUAACAUACCGAAUGGGCGGUGAAUUAAAAGGUGACGUUUAGAUAAAGCAAAAGAAGAUAAAAAUUGGUAAAUGGACCUAGCUUUGCUAGGGGGCAUGGUCUACUUGGAUUAAUUUAACUUUUUAAAUCUGCAAGAACACAGGCUUAAUUUACUCUCAUUUCAAGGCAGGUUUCAGUUCAUCGAAGAACUUUGACGUCUUUGAUAUACUAUAGAAAGAUAAUAUACGUAUAAGUGCGUGUUGUAUUUUAUGACUUGCUUUUAUUUCUAUCAUGUCCAGAACCAGAGGAAAUAAAAAAGAUAUGACUCCCUUA